GCGCCUCCUCCUUGCCUCGGUUCAUCAUCCACCACCGCUCUCUUCCUCCCCUCAUAAAUUUCCUCCCCUUUCCCGGAUCACACACAACUCUCCCUCCGGCUCUCCUUCCUUCCCACCCCACCAAACUCCCCCGACCGACUCCCCUUCCUCGAAACCUCCGGCCACCCACUCACCGCGUCCCCUUCGAUCCGCGCGCGUCGAUCCGGCAGGGCCACGAGACCGCCCGCCGGUCCGAUCGGGAGCGGGAAGGCGAGCCACAGCCCGAGCGCGAUACGUCCGUCCCCGCGAACGAGCGCCAUGGCAGCAGCGGCCGACGCCGGCUCCGAUCCCGCCGCCACCUCCACCUGCGCCCACUGUCAGCGAGAAAUACCAUCGUCAAACAUCGACUUGCAUUCAGUACACUGUGCUCGUAACCUUCAAAAGUGCGAACACUGUCGAGAAAUGGUUCCCAGGAAGCUUAUGGAAGAACACUACGAUGAAAACCAUGCCCCGGUAAAUUGUUCUCUUUGCAAAGAAACCUUACAACGUGAGAAAUUGGAUGUUCAUAAAAGUGAACACUGCACACAAAGGAUGGUUGCAUGUGAAUAUUGUGAGUACGAAUUGCCUGCAGUUGAUCUUCAUGAACACCAGGAUGUGUGUGGAAACCGAACAGAGUUUUGUCAAACAUGCAAGAAGUAUAUUAGACUACGUGAAUGGAUCGGACACGAAAUACAAUGCCACCAAAUUAACUCGAAUGGUUCUGCAGAAUCAUCUAGUGCCAGAACCAUUCCAGAGAGAGAAGUGCGGCCUCCUCCACCAGUAAGACCUGCACGCCCUGCUCAUGGUUCACAGCACAAGAGGCUGCUCUUCACAAUCGCCGUAACUGGAAUAGCUGUCAUGAUCGGAUCGAUACUGUUCCAAAGGGAGGAUAGUUUCUAGGUCCAGUAGCCAGCAGACUUCCAAUGUCGAGUUUUCGACAACAGUAUCAUAAGAGAUCUUGAUGUACUGUAUAAUGUGACCCCCAUAAUCAGUUGAUACAUCUUGCUUGUUUGAGAGUACAGUUCCAGUCAUGGCCUUGUUGGGAGAAUUGAAAUAACCAUCCAAAUAUCUGUUCACAGUUCUAUACUCAGAGUUUCGAACAUUUAUAUUUAUAAAUCUCCGUUGAUUGGACCUUGAGCUCUGCAGGUUCCAGUCAUCCAAAUAUAUGUUGUUCAAAACUGCAGUACUCUGUAAGUGAU